AGGAUGCUGUAUGGGUGUACUGUAUGGGUGUUGGUGGGAGGGUGGUUGUCUGGCCAUGUAGUAAGAACGCCCUUGCUGUCAGUGACGCUAGAGGGUUAAAAUGUCACUCACUGAAAAAGACGGCACGAAACGCACAGAAAAACACACAACGCGUUCGUUCAUCCGUUCGUUCCACUACUGCAACCCGCUAACACGCACCAGCCGCUGUACAAUACACCCACACACUCUACCCACCUCUAGAAAGUGCCCCAGCCCAAACACACACACAUGAGGAGAGACUAUCUUCCCAUGCACUCCAUCCACACCGCCAUCUGCCCACUUCGUUCAUCUGGCAACAGCAGCGGCAGCCGGUGCCCCAGCUGCCGUCUCGUUGCGUGGCCGCGAGGGUGCCGCCCUCCCUGGGAUGGCCGGCCACUGGUCCGGCGCGUCGAAGAGCUUGCCCGUGAUGCGCCGGGUGUCGCGCAGGACCUCGCGCCAGGACGGCCUCUCUUGGUCGAUGAUCUUCUCUACGUAGGGGUUGACCAUCAUGCUGCAAGGAGAGACAUCAGACACACACGCGGUGGGUGCGUGUGUGGUGUGUGUGUGGGAAUGUGUGAUGGUCAUGUACCCACCCGUCUGGGUCCACUUUGUCCCUCAGCUGACACCACUCGCGGAACUUGGGGUACUUGUGGUACAGAUCCUGAUGAAUGGAUGGAUGGAUGGAUGGACGCAUCGGCCAAAUCCAUGGUGUGCAAGGGAACCCCACCGCCCCCACACCGACCUUGUAAGUGAGCUUGUGUUCCUUGGCCCAGUGGGGGCGGCCGCCCAGCGAAUCCAUGAUCUCCUCAAAACCCUGAUGGGAUGAUCCGCGAAUCCAUCCAUGCAUGCAGCGGGAUCCCCCUCUCUGUCUGUCUGUCUGUCUGUCCCUCUGUCUGUCUGUCUUCAUGACGUGCAGUAGCACCUGGAAGUACUCGCGCCAGAAGGGGGGCGGCUCGGCGUUCCACGGCCUGGUAUGUGGCAGGCAGGCAACCACACACACACGUGUCAUCUCACACACGGACACUUCUGUGUGAGUCGCUCGCUCCCUCCCUCCCUCCCUCCCCCCCUCCUUCUCCCCUGUCUGGCUGACCCACCAUCUCACCGACCUGUACAUGAUGACGCCGAUCCAGCACGUGUCUUGUCCACUGCAGGGGCUGAGCCAGAUGUCGUCAGCGCGGGAGAACCGCACCUCCACAGGGAAGUGCACGCCCCACUCAGGCCGGCUCUCGAUGAACUUCUUCAGACGCCGGACAGCCUCGGCGCAGUUGCCGCGGGGAAUCGACCACUCGUCGACGUAUUGCCUGCAGAAAGCCAUCGAGCCAGUGAGACACCGCACAGAGAGAGAGAGAGAGAGAGGGAAGUUCCCUACCUGAAAAGGCAGUCGAAGUUGAAGACUUUGUCUGAUCGGUCGACCACGUCAGACACCUGGUUGAAGGCCACCGCACGACACACCUGACAUCGCCACACACGUGCACACGCACACACGCGCGCGUGUCUGGAUGCUAUUUCCUCUCUCCCUCUCCCUCCCUCUCUCUCUCUCUCUGUGUGUGUGUGUGUUGUGUUGUGUUGGUAUACCUGGUUGACGAACUGUGCAGACGGCGGGAAGAAUCUCGUGAGCCACAGCACCGUCUCCAGCACAUAGUUGAAAAUCAGGAACUGGUUCGCCACCCAAUCGCCCUCCGACUUGUUCGGCGUCUGCACCCCACACCCACAAACACGCGCAAGAGACCACCUUAACGUUGCUUCCAUCCAUCCAUCGGCUCACAUACGUAAAUAGGAACUCGAUUGGCCUUCCACUCGAUGCACAUGUCGGUGUGGGGGAACCACCAGAAGCGGUAGUGCUCCGCCGUCCCCACUCGCUCGUCGAUGUUGCUGAGGACGUCCUCCAGAGGCACAGGCCGCUGGGAGGAUCUCAGCUUGAAGGCGGGCUCGCACUUGAUGGUCAUCUCGGACACCACCCCCAGCGCCCCCACGUGGCACAGGGCCGCCUUGAAGAUGUCGGCGUUCUGCGUCGCAGAACACUCAAUCACCUCGCCCCUACACCCACAUGCACACACAGACCAACCUCCCCAUUGCCGCACUCUCUCUCUCUGCGUGUGCCCAUGGUCGCUGACCGAGGGGUGAUCAGCUCCAGCGCCUCGAUGUAAUCAGACAUGCACGGGAACUUCCCGCCGGUGCCGUGUAUGGCGCACGCCAGAGCGCCACCCAUGCUCUGCUCGCUGAUGGAACUCAGCACGGAAAGGCCCAGGUUGUGCUCAGCCAGGAACUCGUUCAGCUGUGCGAGCGUCACACCCGCCUGCACGCGAACAGUGCCCCUGCCAGACAGACAGACAGCAGUGAGGGAGGGAGAGGCGUUGGUGAGGUGCGUGUGUGGUGCAUGUGAGUGGGUACUUCUGUUCGUCGACGGAGAUGAUUUUGUUGUAGUUGUCGGUGGAGAGCAUCCGCUGCUGGCACACAGCCAUCGUGUUGGGGGAGCACCCAGUGCCCACCACCUUCAGCUGAGCCAUCACACACAGACAGGCACACACACAGAGAGAGAGAGAAUGAGACCGUGCCUUGUGUGUGUGUAAUCUCUUUCAGCUCAUCACCUUCUGGCCCUUCUCUCUGGCGUCUUUGAGUAUCGCCAGGAUGUCGUCUCUGGUCUCGGGCAGGUCGAAGUACUCGGGCGUGACACGCAGCGAGUUGUGCCAGUUGGUCCAGGUCUUGAUCUGAGGAUUCCACCCCCAGCCCCAACGAAGCGCCUGUGAUGUGACACACACACAACACGCGCGCACACACGCAAGACUGUGUCUGUCUUCCAUCGAUUGACGCGAAUCUGUCCUUCUUUCUGCCUUUCUCACUCGCGCACCUGUCUGCUCCAUCCCUCCCUGCUGGCAUCUGCUGCACGCAGACCCGCAGCUCCCGUUGUCGGUGUCGAUGAGGCCGGACGCACUUGCUGCCGCGGCAAAGGCGCUGCGAGGUGCACACGAUGAGGGCUGAUGAAGGCCGCAUUGGCGCGUGCCCGCCUCAGGAUGCUUGGCGCGCCGCCGCGCACAAAGGAAGCUGUGGAGAGGAUGGUCAUGACCAGAAGUGAGAUGUGUCGCUUCAUGCUUGGAGGAACAGGACACGCCGGGGCAGGAAUGACGGUGAAGACAGCAUUCGCAAACAAAGCGGCGGGAAGGGAAGGAUCGCUUUGGAGUGUGUUAAACGGGCCAGGCGUCAGCAGCCUUCUCUUCACGCACACGCGUCUGCACGUCCAUCAUGUCAGGAUUGCCAGCUUGGUAAGACGAAC